GUUUCUGUGUUCAGUUUUGACUACCCUCUUAUGGCCUGGAACGACUUUGGGUUGUAGGUCAGAUUCAUGAUAUUCACAUGAUCGAUUGCCGAACAAUACGUUCGCGUGUUACCAAUUGAGGAAUUCUAAGCAAUGUUCGACGAAUUGCACAAGUCCACCAAGCGGACGGUUGCAGGCAGUUCUGGUUUAUUCCGGUCAUCCUCAAAAGAUUUGGUCGGGCCCACUGAACAGAAAGAGCCUGGAAAACGCAAAAUCGACGGCAGUAAACGUAUCGGAUUGAAGCUUCCGGCAUUAGGACAGAGUAUUCGGGAUAAAAACGCCGAAUCGGACGACGCUAAUAAGCAACUGGAAAAGCUCAGAAAUGGUGACAGACUUGUCCUUUCUGACAGUGUGCAAUCAGAUUAUGAGGAGGAGAUUACGGCUUUACGAGCAGAGUGUGUGUCGCUACGAGACCAAACACCAUUGCAUCAGGCGGUGAAGCGACAAGAUGAGAUGUCGGUCGUCCUUACUGAAGUUGAAUUGAAAUCGUAUCAAGAGCAGCUGACCAAUCAGAUGAGUGAACUGGACCAGUGUCGUCAACAGCUGAUCAGGUCACAGCAAGAAAAUGAAGCUAAACAACAAAUGUUAGAAGAACUCAGACGGACAAACAUUGAGCUGCAAGGUCUUUCGUGUAUUCACGAGGCAAAUUUGAACAAAAUUCACGCAGAGAAAGAGGAACUGGAACGAACGGUGGCAUUUCUUAGAUUACAAAUGUCCUCGGUUACAGAUGAACGUGACCAACAUGUUGCUGAUGCCAUGCGACAAAGCACACGUGCAGCUGAGGCGAAUCAAGAAGUAAAACUACUGGAAUCAAAGUGGAACGGCACCAGUUCCCAUUUCGAAACUCGCGAACCACUACUGCAAGACAUGGUUAAUCCUCUUGAAGACCGUUUACGCAUUCUUUCGGAAGAAUGUUUCAGUUGCUCGUCAACUCUGCAGAAUGAUGAGUCUGUCACGGAAACGUCUAGAUCACGGACCCCUAUGGAGGACAAUGUGUCGACAUCGGAAGAUACCAGCGGUUUUGUUACUGUACCUUCACUGAUAACUGAUUCAGGCACCAUUCCCUCCACAUCAGCUGCAGGGGACGUGAGGUCAAGCACAGCACAAAUCGCUGUAUUACUCAGAGAUCGCGACUUACUCGCUUCACGACUUGAGACUAUGCGGAUCCAUCUGGCUGAAGCUAAAGCCCAGUGGAGCGAAUGCGUUGCCACUUUGGAACGUCAGGUUGCUCAUUUGAACUCCAAGAUUGCGGAGGAUUCAAUCAAACAUAGGCGAAUUGAAUUAGCCCACCGGUCGACCAUAAAUAGCCUAAAGCUGGAACUCAACGAAGCCAACACGAAACUUGAGGGGGCGAUGAAGCUGGUUCGCAUGACUGAACAAAGUGCAGCGAGAAAAAUACUUGCCUCUGAGUCACAAUCAGCUGAAUGGGUUGAUGAACGUACCCGCUUAGCAGCCGAGUUAGCGGGUCUGUCUGUGCAGGCGGAGCGAACUGUCAAAGAACGGAAUGAAGCGAUGCAGGAGAUUGUGACGAUCCGCGCUCAGAAAGAACAACUACGGGACCAGUUGAAAAUUCGUUCGGAUGAACUGGCACGCUGUGAACGGGAUGUGCUGUAUUAUAAAGCUCAAUAUGAGGCGAAAUGCCAUGAGCUGCAGAAUAUAGAGUCCGAGCGACUUUUCGAAAGUCAGCGCUCAGCUGAUCUCGUAAAGCGGCUUGAAAGAGCUCAUGCAGAAAAUCGGGAGUACAUGGACCAGCUAGACCAAUGCCGUGACGAACUCCGGGUAGCGAAGACGAAACCCGCAGCGCUUGUUCAAGCCUUUGAAGACGGUCACACUCAUUCAAAAGAUACCCACAAUAACCUUGUGCUGGAAAGGAAUUCGGAGAUUGAAGCUAAACUUCGAGACACUGAACUGCAACUCAAAACAAAAAUACGUGAAAAUGAGGAUCUUCUAAAAAAGGUUUCUGAGCUUUCAGCGGAAGGCGGUCGUUUACCCGGGCGUAUUCAAACAGUUGAAUCGGCAGACAGUGUCCGAAGUGUACUCGAACAAAAGGACCAGAUGAUCAGUUUACUGCAAAAGCGUCUGAAGGAAUUGAAGCGAAUGCUAUCAGAGCAACUAAGGUCGAAUCGUGUUUUCUCCGACCAAGACAGUGUUGACGGUCUUGUUACAGGGUGGUAUCCCAACCCUUGCGAAGCCGCCAUCCGUUCCCAGUCGCUGGAACGUGUGUCGUUGGGUUCCGUCCACUCGUGGCCGCCCGUGCCUUUGGACGCUUCAAAUAACAAUGCCUACUCGGUCGAAGAAAAUUCUAAAUAUCUAUCAGAAAAGCACUCACUCCACAGCCAUUCUAAUCGCUGUUCUUCGGGUUUACCUAAUGUACCGAAUCACGCUACAUCCGCACAGGCUAAUGCGCAGCCCCUUCCUAAACAGAAUACCAACACUGACGUUCCAGCAGAACUCGUAAAUUUUCGCUAUCUCCGGCAUAUCAUUAUCAAAUUUCUUCUUAGUCGAGAAAAUGAAGUGAGUUGUGUAGUUCUUAUGGCAGAUCUAGUGCUCGUUCUUCUCAACCCGCUGGAUUUUAUCACAUUGGGCAACAGUAUUGUGGUUUUGACAUCUGCCCUUCUUUGGGUCAAAUCUUAA